AUGAAGUCAUAUCUUUCCACCGCUACGGAAACCACACCUAUCCUAAAUAAUAGGAAUGUCUUUAAUGCUCGUAGAAAAACCGAAAGGAGAAUUGCGAUAUGUGGAAUGUUCAUUUUUGUCAUCUUGGCCAUGUUUACGUUGAUAUCUUUGUUUUACAUUAAUAAAAAAAUCGACGAUAACCCCGAUAACCAACCACCACCACCAGGAGGAGGCGAUGAUGAUGAUUACGAAAAGAGACGACCAACUUUAUAUAUUUUAUUGUUCUCCGUUUACGCAAUACAUCCCUUUUUCAUAUUGAUUCCCACUUCUUGGUAUUUGUCUUCUAUAACACAUUCUUUGGUGUGGAGGGAAGCGACCAUUUGGACCAUAUUAUUCUUCUUCAUGGCUUAUACACAAUUCAUCAAUAGUCAAUUGUUGUAUUUUGUGACGUGGAAAAUUAGGGAAAUGGUUUGCACGUUAUUGAUGGCGAUAUUGUAUCUGAUAUAUGCUGCCAGAUUGGGUUGGAUGUAUUUACGAAGAGGUGGUAACAUUGAGGAUGAAGUCAGACCAACAAUUCAUGCCUAA